AUAAAUUACCACUAGCUCAGUUAGGUGUGUACAUCAUGUUAAAGGUGGUGUGAUGGAGGUUAAAUGGGCCGGAUCCUGGUCCGGGUGCCUUCUCUUUACCCCCCCUGCCCUGGACCAGCAGCAUCAUCAUCAUCAUCAUCUCACGUCCUUUCCGCUGGAUGAUCCGCACCGAGCCCCGCUUGAGGAGGAUGCUCACACCGGCUCAGGAGGCUUCCUCUCGGGCUUUGAUCAGCAGGUCAUCGCAGAGCUUCCUGUGCGGCGGCAGGCGGCUGGUUUCUUCUAAAGAUGGCCGGAGAUGGAGGCGCUCUGAAGGAUAUCAAUGAGAUUAAAUCGCAGUUCCGGACCAGAGAGGGUUUCUACAAGCUGCUGACUCUCUCAGACUCCCAGCAGCGAGGCGGGCUGCCGCGGGGAGCCGGGGCCGGAGCCGGGGGAGCCCCGCUGGGCCCCGGGGCUGCAGCCGGCCCGGUACCCGGAGGAGGAGGAGGUGGAGGAGUCGGGCUGCUGCAGGGGCCCGGAGGAACCACCGCUUCAUCCUCCUCCUCUAACGCCGCAGCCAGCUCCUCCUCUCCGGCCGGCUUCCUGCCGCCGGUCCGGGUCUCCAUGGUGAAGCUGCAGCCGGAAGACCCGAGCGAGGAGUCCGAGCGGGUCUGCUUCAACAUCGGCCGGGAGCUGUAUUUCUACACCUACACCAACAUCAAGAAGGCUGUAGACCUCAGCAAGCCGAUAGACAAGAGGAUCUACAAGGGGACUCAGCCAACAUGUCACGACUUCAACCAGUACUCCGCCACAGCGGAGAGCGUCGCUCUCAUCGUGGGCUUCUCGGCCGGACAGGUCCAGUAUCUCGACCCCAUCAAGAAGGAAACCAGUAAACUCUUCAACGAGGAGAGGUUGAUAGACAAAUCCAAGGUGACGUGUCUAAAAUGGCUCCCCAAGUCAGAGAACCUGUUCCUGGCGUCCCACGCCAGCGGCCACCUCUACCUCUACAACGUGGACCACCCGUGUGGCACCACGGCGCCGCAGUACUCGCUGCUCCGGCAGGGAGAAGGCUUCGCCGUCUACGCCUGCAAAACCAAGACGCCGCGCAACCCGUUGUUACGAUGGGCCGUGGGUGACGGAGGCCUCAACGAGUUCGCUUUCUCCCCGGAUGGCGUGCACGUGGCAUGCGUGGGUCAGGACGGCUGCCUGCGCGUCUUCCACUUUGACUCGAUGGAGCUGCAGGGGGUGAUGAAGAGCUACUUUGGCGGGCUGCUGUGCGUGUCGUGGAGCCCCGAUGGGAAAUAUCUCGCCACAGGCGGAGAGGAUGACCUGGUUACCGUCUGGUCAUUUGCAGAAAGCCGCGUGGUCGCGAGAGGUCACGGCCACAAGUCCUGGGUCAACGUGGUGGCGUUUGACCCCUUCACGACUUCCCUGGAAGAUGAGGAGCCUAUGGAGCUUAGCGGCAGCGAGGAGGACCUCCACCAGGGGGCCCCAAAUAACUCCACGCACUUCGGCCGCGUCCGGACGAGCAGCACGUUGUCGCGUCUUUCUCGGCACAGCUCUAAAGGCGGCGGCUCGGCGGCGGUCACGUACCGGUUUGGCUCGGUGGGACAGGACACCCAGUUCUGUCUGUGGGACUUGACGGAUGACGUGUUAUACCCACGCCUUCCGCUGUCCCGCGCCUUUACUAACACUUUUGGACCCUCGCUGUCCAACUCUGGCAGCGGGGUGGUCAACAGCACCACAGCAGUUGUGGCAGGAAGUGGAGCGGUUGAGGGGCACCAUCAUCCGCCCAACACCAACACCGGCACCGCAAACCCACCGACACUUCCCUUACCGCUGCCUCGCUCGCUCUCCCGCUCCAACUCUCUGCCACACCCUGCCGUGGCGAAUGCCUCCAAGGGCCAGGGCGCCUCGGAGGGCGGCGGGGGAGGCGGAGGAGGUGGAGGGAGCAGCGUCGGAGGAAACAGCACCCCGUUCAGCAUCGGCCGCUUCGCCACGCUGUCACUCCAGGAGCGCAAGUCGGACAAGUCGGGCUCCAGCAGCGGCGUGGAGAAGGAGCACAAGAGGUACCACAGCCUGGGCAACAUCAGCAAAAGCAACGACAAGAUCAACGUGGCGCCGAGGAGCAACCGUCUGGACGCCGCCAAGGUCCUGGGCACCACGCUGUGCCCGCGCAUGUACGAGGUGCCGCUGCUGGAGCCGCUGGUGUGCAAGAAGAUUGCACACGAGAGGCUGACGGUCCUGGUGUUCAUGGACGACUGCAUCAUCACAGCAUGCCAAGAGGGUCUCAUCUGCACCUGGGCGCGGCCGGGGAAGACGAACUUGACAGCACAGAACGGGAACUCUCCGAGCGGCACGGUGGUAUAGCUGGAGGAGAAGCUUUGCACUCAUCCCUCCUUCCAUCCACCCUCUCCAACCAUCCUCAGAUAAGGUCAUAUUAGGGGCCAACAACCGGAGAGCGUACCCGACCUACCGCUGCAGUAUUAUACCGUCAGUAUAACCCUCUGUACCUGCCACGAACCCAAACCCUGCUCACUACUCACUUCACUCUCACGGCGGCCAGUUUGGUGGGAAACACUUCCUGAAUCAUCAACAGAUUUAUGAUCAGAUAGACGUUAAGGGAACAACAGUAAAACCCAGAUGAGCUCUAUUUAUGUGAUGACUUGGUCAAUAGUUAUCUUGUGGAGGCUUUGUGAGGACGUUCACGGUGGCUGUUCAAGCACACAUAUUUGGAUAUUGUGAAUUUCUAUACAGCCACCUCGCCUUCGGCAAACAGUGCAGCCAUACCCGAGAUUAGUCUCCUUGCUUUAAAAUCGCGCAAAUAUAUGCGAUUGCAUUCAUGCUUCAAAAAUCAUAGAUGUGGCAUUCAUUCGUUGAGAUUAUCUUGCUGAACAAAACGUUUAAUUAUCAUAAACGUGUGUUUUGCCACAGAGAUUAUUUUCUGCAAUAAUCCAAAACCCAAUGGAACGAUCCUGUUGGGUUUUUGUGGAGGGAACUAGGGCGAUGCUAACUUCCUGUUUGGCCCACAAAAAUAUCCCUGCAGCUCUCCAUUAUGGUGGUCAGCCGUAGGACAGAGCUACUCUGUACUUCAGGGAGAGUUUCCCACCUCGUGCCACUGUGGAAGUUUAAGAAGUUAAUCCGCAGUGCUCCGGCCUUCACCUCGCCGCUCCGUGAUCAGAGGUGCUUUAUCCUUCCUGUCUGCAGCCCCGACGCAACAAGGAGCAGCGUCCCAUCCCUCCCGUCUCCCCUUCAUGCAAAAGACACUACAAAAAGCCACGGCCAUUGUAUUUAAGUUAUUUAUUUUAUCACAAGACUGUGUAGUAAUUUAUAAUGUAAAUACUGAAAAUACUCUAUAAAUACAAAAAAGGACAAAUGUGUAUGGAAACGAUGACGUGACGGCGAAGGAAGCGAAGAACAAACAGGAAAGAUGAAGAAUAUUAAUAUAUGAAGAUGCUUCUAUUGUACAUAGACGUUAAGAAACUGAAUGUCUGCUGUUUUAGGGAACUUGAAGAUGUCAAUGUGUUUUUAUUUCGUGUGAUAGAGUUUCUCCAGUUUGUCUCUGAGAGCGAGCUCGCAGAGGCGUUUCAGGUCCAGUGAGACUUUUUAGAGAGAGACUGACCUGAGUGGAGCACAGAGAGGCUGCUGGCUGUACAUUUCACUGAAUAGGUCUGAGUAAUACUAAUUCUCCUGAACAGCAUCUUAAUAAUGGAUAACGAACAAACACACACUCUUUGCACAUUCCGAACGUAAAACGUCUCUCACACACACACACACACACACACACACACACACACACACACUCAGGCCCUGUUCACACCUGGCAUUAACAUGCGUAUCCACUUGCGAUCUGAUCUCACUUCCCCGCUCUAUAUAAA